GACAAUAUUUCUCUUUUCAGAUGGCAUUAUCUGAAUCCCAAAUACCACCCGACGCCCAGCAUUAUUUGGUGUGUGGCACUGAAGACUGUGAGAAAAACUGCCAAUUUUACUGCAAUGACUGUCACCAACCAAUGUGUGAACAAUGCAGAGAUGAACAUCAGAAGAAUCGAGAAACCAAGAACCAUGAAGUAGUCCCUUAUAAACAACGAAAACGACCGCUUCCUGUAGUGAAAUGCAAUAUCCACCCCACAAAAGAAAUAGAUCUUCUCUGUAAGGAAUGCCAGAUUCCCAUUUGUUCUAAAUGCACAGGCACCAAAGAACACCGCGGCCAUUUGUUUACCAACCUAGAAAUAGUCUUUGAUGAAAAGGUUUCGAUAUAUAACGAGGAAAUUGCCAACAUUAGAAGCUAUUUUGAGCCUACUUCUCAAGAUCUAAAAAAAAUAAUUGCUGAAGAUGUCACAGAAAUUAGGAAGAUCAUUGCAGGUAUUAGAACAUCCAUAAAGGCUGAAGCUGAGUCUGUGAAAAACCUGGUAGAUGCAGUCACAUCAGAUAAAAUAGAACAAGUCGACAAAAUAGAACAGUCAUUAUUACAAACAUUAAACAGACAAAACCAAGAAAUCGAUGAUUACAUCAACUCUCUAAAUGAUUUAAUCAAAACAUAUUAUGGUUACUUAUCUCCCUCAAACAUAGAACAAUUAACAUUUGCCCUCAAAUCAGAAAGCUUGAUUAUACGACCCAUACCACAGACAUCCAAACCAGUCCCACCUGUAUUUACUGCUGGUCAAUACAGCAAGGAGGAUGUCGCCAAAUUAAUGGGUAGAAUAACUGUACCCAACACUAAGCCAGAGAACAGAAAAAUAAAACCAAUGGAGACUAACUCUACACAGAUGAAACCUACAGGGAAACAGAGAAAACAAGACAGAGAGAAAUCUGACGUGAAACAAACACUGUCUCUGUCUUCCUCUGUCACCAAGGUCAGGGAGUACACAGUACCAGGUGUUGAUGGUGUAUUUCAUAUAUCACUGGGUAAAUCAGCCAGAAUCUGGGUCAGUGAUAUACAUGGUAACCUUGUCCAAACAGAUCUACAGGGGAAUCAGCUACAGAAGAUACAAACCAGUGGUAUAGACGAAGGCUACCACACAGUCACACAGGGCGGGAAUUUGAUCUAUACAGACAGAGACAACAAAGUCAUCAAUAGGAUAACACCGGAUAAUACAAUCACUGAAUUCAUUAAAACAGGAGACUGGAAACCACUCAGCAUACACUCCUCCCACAUCAACGGGGACUUACUGGUGGGGAUGUUUGGUAAAGUCACCAGGUACAACAAGACAGGGACAGAAAUACAGAACAUACAGAGAGACAACAAAGGACAGAGACUGUAUGGUUUACCACUCUACAUCACAGAAAAUAUCAAUGGUGAUGUCUGUGUAUCAGACUAUAACAAUGCUGUAGUGGUGGUGGAUAAAUCAGGACAAUAUAGGUUUUUCUACACAGGUCAGGGGUCAGGGUUUAUUCCCUAUGGAAUAUGUACUGAUGUACUCGGUCACAUCCUGGUGUGUGAUAGUAUCAGUAAAACAGUUCAUCUUCUGGAUCAGGACGGUCAGUUCCUGUCUCUACUACUCACAGAACAACAAGGGGUAUUUGGUGCCCGUAGUGUGUGUGUGGAUGAUGAGAACAAUCUCUGGGUGGGACAAUGUAAAACCAACACAGUGACAGUGUACAAGUAUCUACAGUGA